AUGACGACAGCUAAAAGUGCUUCCUACGAUUAUUUGAUUAAGCUUUUACUUAUUGGAGACUCUGGUGUUGGUAAAAGUUGUUUACUACUUCGUUUCUCAGAUGACUCCUUUACACCUUCAUUUAUUACAACUAUUGGUAUCGACUUCAAGAUUCGUACAAUUGAACUGGAUGGCAAACGUAUCAAAUUACAAAUAUGGGAUACAGCAGGUCAAGAGAGAUUCCGUACUAUUACAACAGCUUAUUAUCGAGGAGCAAUGGGUAUCUUGUUGGUGUAUGAUACAACAGAUGAAAAAUCGUUUGCAAACGUGAGAAACUGGUUUUCUAAUAUAGAGCAACAUGCAAGUGAAGGGGUUAAUAAGAUAUUGAUUGGAAACAAGUGUGAUAUGGAAGAAAAAAGAGUUGUUUCCAAAGAACAGGGACAGACAUUAGCUAAUGAACUUGGUAUUCGGUUCAUGGAAACAAGUGCAAAAGCAAACAUUGGCGUUGAAGAAGCCUUUUUUGAUUUAGCAAGGGAUAUUAAAAAGAGAUUGAUUGAUACUCAACAAGCCCAACAAACUCGUCAAAGAGAAGAAGUUAUAUUAGAUCAAUCUACACCUUCAAAAUCCAAUAAUGGUGGAUGCUGCUAA